ACCGCCUCGAGAGGGCGCCGGCUGGCCAGGCGGCCACCUGCCACAAGAUCCCGGCUCAUGUCAGCACUGCGGCACCAACAGCCACGAGGCCUGCGGUGCCCCUCAUAAUCAUGGCCGCCCGAGCGGCAAGGCCCGUGCCUUGCGGGAGGGAGCCCCGCCCCUCACAAUCAUGGCGGCCCUGGCCCUGCGGGGGGAGGGGCGUCCGCCCCUCACAAACAUGGCGGCCUGGCGGGGCGUGGUCUGGAAGGGUGAAUUGGGCCGGCGGUCCCAGAACUAGCGGUCAUGUGACUGGGAAGAUGGCGGUCUUUCCUUGGCAUUCCAGGAACAGGAACUACAAGGCUGAGUUUGCAUCAUGCCGGUUGGAGGCUGUACCACUGGAAUUUGGGGACUAUCACCCACUGAAACCCAUAACUGUCACAGAGUCAAAGACAAAGAAAGUGAGCCGGAAAGGAAGCACUUCUUCCACGUCCUCUUCAUCCUCCAGCUCCGUGGUGGACCCACUGAGCAGCGUCCUGGAUGGGACUGACCCCCUCUCCAUGUUUGCGGCCUCUGCUGACCCUGCAGCCCUGGCGGCUACCAUGGACAACUCCAGAAAGAAACGUGACAGAGAUGAUAACUCCAUUGUAGGAUCAGAUUUUGAGCCUUGGGCCAGCAAACGAGGAGAAAUCCUUGCCCGGUACACUACCACGGAAAAGCUCUCUAUUAAUCUUUUUAUGGGAUCUGAAAAAGGCAAAGCUGGGACUGCCAUAUCCGCAAUGUCGGAGAAGGUUCGGACCAGGCUGGAGGAGCUGGAUGAUUUUGAGGAGGGAUCCCAAAAGGAGCUGUUGAAUUUGACUCAACAGGAUUAUGUGAACCGCAUAGAAGAGCUCAACCAGUCGCUGAAGGACGCCUGGGCCUCGGACCAGAAAGUGAAGGCUCUAAAAAUAGUCAUCCAGGUCAGGUCGAGUGAUUUUUUUUUUUUUUUUCCAGAAUUUCCUUUGUAAAACU